AUGCAGACAGUGUCUGGAUUGGACAAACGCUCUGGAAGUCUUCCAUUCACCCUGGGAUCAGGAUCGAUUGAAAGCAACCCAGAAACUGCGGAGGGAAACAGGUGUGCAUGCAAGCAGUUGUGCGAGGGUGCUGGUGGUCAUCUUUCCCCAACCUGGUCCCUUCUAGAUCAGGGGUCAGUAAACUUUUUCAGCAGGGGGCCGGUCCACUGUCCCUCAGACCUUGUGGGGGCCUGGACUAUAAUGGGGGGGGGGGGGUAUGAACAGAUUCCUAUGCCCCACAAAUAACCCAGAGAUGCCUUCUUAAAUAAAAGGACACAUUCUACUCAUGUAAAAACGCGUUGAUUCCCAGACCGUCUGUGGGCCGGAUUUAGAAGGCAAUUGGGCUGGAUCUGGCCCCCGGGCCUUAGUUUGCCUACCCAUGUUCUAGAUGUUGCUUGACUCCCAUGACCCCCAGCCAGCAGGACCAUUGAUCAGGGAUGAUGGGCGUUGCAGGGGGUAAAAACAUCUGGAGGGCAGCAGGUCUGCAAAAAAUAUGCUUUAGCAUAUUUCCCAAAUGGUGCAAUCUGGAAACAAGGAAUGUUGGAAGAUUUGAGAUAGAUAAGAGAUAGCACUUCUUAAUGCAGUGCACAAGGAGAAGGGGACGACAGAGGACGAGAUGGUUGGACAGUGUUCUCGAAGCUACAAACAUGAGUCUGACCAAACUGCGGGAGGCAGUGGAAGACAGGAGUGCCUGGCGUGCUCUGGUCCAGGGUCACAAAGAGUCGGACACGACUAAACGACUAAACAACAACAACAAUAAUGCAGUGCAUAGUUGAACUAUGGAACUCAUUGCCACAGGAGGCAGGGAUGGCCAGCAAAUUAGGCGGCUUUCAAAUAUGGCUGGACAAAUUUGUGGAAUGUAAAUCCAUCAAUAGCUACCACCCAAAGUGGCUGUGUUCUGCCUCUCCAUCUGCAGGCAGUCAGGCUUCCAGACCAUCCAAGUGGGGUCUGGAACAGCCCCGGAUUUACAGAAGAUGCCCUAGUUUCUGAUUUUACUCUGGAAUGUCCCGCUUUUCCAUAGGACAUCCCUACUUUCAUCAGAGACAUUUUGGAGGGUAUGGAGUUAAGCGACCUCCGAGCCAAGGAGAUAAGUAACUCUACAACAUGGGUAGGAAAACUAAGGCCUGGGGGCCGGAUCCGGCCCAAUCGCCUUCUCAAUCUGGCCGGCAGAUGGUCCGGGAAUCAGCGUGUUUUUUCAUGAGUAGAAUGUGCCCUUUUAUUUAAAAUGCAUCUCUGGGUUAUUUGUGGAGCACAGAAAUUCGUUCAUUAUUAUUUUAUCAAAAUAUAGUCCGGCCCCCCACAAGGUCUGAGGGACAGUGGACUGGCCCCCUGCUGAAAAGGUUUGCUGACCCCUGCUCUACAACCUUUAGAAGACAAAUGAAGGCAUCAAUGUACAGAGAUGUUUUUUAAUGUUCUAUCAUUAUAUGUUGGAAGCCACCCAGAGUGGCUGGGGCAACCCAAUCAGAUGAGCAGGGUAUUCCUAUUAUUAUGGAAUAGAAUGUCCCUAUUUUCAUCGGAGAAAUGUUGGCGAGUAUGUGCUUCUGAGCACCAGCCACUGGGAACCCGAGGAAGGCACAGGGCUCUUGUGUUCAAAUCCUGCUUGCUGGUUCCCCAUUAGGGCAUCUGCCUGGCCAAUGUGAGAACAGGAUGCUGGACCGGAUGGUCUGAUCCAGCAGCCUCUUCUCCCAUUGCUAUUGUCAAGCAGAGGUAAACAUGGCAAGUAUCUCUCUGCAGCCUUUAGAAGGCAGCUAGAUUUCCAGAGAUAGGCAGGAUGAGGAGCAUAUUAAGGGCACUUCUCCCUCCUCUGCUGUUGUUGUUGUGUAGUCGUGUCCGACUCUUCAUGACCCCCUGGACCAGAGCACGCCAGGCACUCCUGUCUUCCACUGCCUCCCGCAGUUUGGUCAAACUCAUGCUGGUAGCUUCGAGAACACUGUCCCACCAUCUCGUCCUCUGUCGUCCCCUUCUCCUUGUGCCCUCCAUCUUUCCCAACAUCAGGGUCUUUUCCAGGAGUCUUCUCUUCUCAUGAGGUGGCCAAAGUCUUGGAGCCUCAGCUUCAGGAUCUGUCCUUCCAGUGAGCACUCAGGGCUGAUUUCCUUCAGAAUGGAGAGGUUUGAUCUUCUUGCAGUCCAUGGUACUCUCAAGAGUCUCCUCCAGCACCAUAAUUCAAAAGCAUCAAUUCUUCGGCGAUCAGCCUUCUUCAUGGUCCAGCUCUCACUUCCAUACAUCACUACUGGGAAAACCAUAGCUUUAACUAUACGGACCUUUGUUGGCAAGGUGAUGUCUCUGCUUUUUAAGACGCUGUCUAGGUUUGUCAUUGCUUUUCUCCCAAGAAGCAGGCGUCUUUUAAUUUCGCCUCCCUCCUCUAGAAGGUCAUAAGUUUGCCUGCCUGCCUUUGACACACAUAAACAAGGCCAGAGCAGACUCUUCUCCCCUCGCAAGCCAGCAGCUCCCAGGCAGGGUGGGUGUGGCACCCACUUCAAUUGUCAGGGUGGAUUAAGUGUCAGGAAAGGAAGGCAGGGAACCAGAGCGUAUCCCAGAUGAAAGACGCGAAGGCAGCGCAUCAACGCAACACUCUUCCAGGGCAGGAGAUGGGUUGUCUCAGGGAUAUGGCUUUCCCACCCAUCACCCUUGUUUUCCGGAGAGAAGCUGCCAGUCAGUGUAAUAAUAAUAAUAAUAAUAAUAGUAGUAAUAAUAAUAAUAAUAAUAAUAAUAAUAAUAAUAAUAAUUUAUUUAUACCCCACCCAUCGUGCUGGGCUUCCCCAGCCACUCUGGGAAGCUUCCAACAAAAUAUUAAAAUACAGUAAUGCAUCAAACAUUAAAAGCUUCCCUAAAGAGGGCUGCCUUCAGACGUCUUCUAAAAGUCUGGUAGUUGUUGUUCUCUUUGAUAUCUGGUGGGAGGGCAUUCCACAGGGCGGGUGUCACUACUGAGAAGGCCCUCUGCCUGGUUCCCUGUAACUUACGGUAUUUUUCACUCUAUAAGAUGCACCAGACCACAAGACGCACCUAGUUUUUGGAGGAGGAAAACAAGAAAAAUAAUAUUCUGAAUCCCAGAAGCCAGAACAGCAAGGGGGAUCACUGCGCAGCGAAGCCAGCAAUCCUUCUUGCUGUUCUGGCUUCUGGGAUAGCUGUGCAGCCUGCAUUUGCUCCAUAAGACGCACACACAUUUCCCCUUACUUUUUAGGAGGGAAAAAGUGAGUCUUAUAGAGCAAAAAAUACGGUAACUUCUCGCAAUGAGGGAACCACCAGAAGGCCCUCGGAGCUGGACCUCAGUGUCCGGGCAGAAUGAUGGGGGUGGAGACGCUCCUUCAGGUAUACUGGGCCGAGGCCGUUUAGGACUUUAAAGGUCAGCACCAACACUUUGAAUUGUGCUUGGAAACGUACUGGGAGCCAAUGUAGGUCUUUCAAGACUGGUGUUAUGUGGUCUCGGCGGCUGCUCCCAGUCACCAGUCUAGCUGCUGUAUUCUGGAUUAGGUGUAGUUUCCAGGUCACCUUCAAAGGCUGCCCCACAUAGAGCGCAUUGCAGUAAUCCAAGCAGGAGAUAACCAGAGCAUGCACCACUCUGGCGAGACAGUCUGCAGGCAGGGAGGUUCUCAUCCUGUGUACCAGAUGGAGCUGGUAAACAGCUGCCCUGAACACGGAAUUGACCUGCGCCUCCAUGGACAGCUGUGAGUCCAGCAUGACUCCCAGGCUGCGCACCUGUGUAGACCAUACUGAGCUACAUUCCCAGCAGGGGAAAUGGCUUGGAUCCAAAUUUAGUUCAUCCUGAGUCCCAUUGCAUGUUCAUUUUGUGUCUGAAACCCCAUUGAUCUGACUGAGAACGGAGUCUUAUUAUUAUUUAUUAAACUGGUUAUUGACUUUCUCUUGCCCAGGGCAAACCAAAGCAAUUUCGUAGACUUCAUAGAAUCGUAAAGUUGGAAGGGACCCUGACGGCCAUCUAGUCCAACCCCUUGCAAUGCAGGAAUUGGCGGCAGUCCCAUUAGGGGAUUGAACCUGCAACCCUGGCGCUGUCAGCACCACGCUCAAACCAACGGAGCUCUCUAGGCUUGGUUAAUUUACCCAAGUACAGCCAACAGAGAGAAAGCCAUGGCUGAUUUCUGCAUGAGAAACAAGAGUGUUUUGGAGUGUUCAUGAUAUGAACCCCCACAUUGCAGGCUCAAGUUGUAUAUACUGUAUUUUUCUGUGUAUAAGACUAGGGGUUUUUUCCACCAGGAAAUUAGGUUUAGAAUUGGGGCUCGUCUUAUACACAGGUAGUGCUGAGGGGGUGUUUCUUAAUUUGGAGUCCCCCAAAAUAGGCAGCGUCUUAUGCAUGGGGGCGUCUUAUACAUGGGAAAAUACGGUGUAUAUAUGUGUGUAAAUAAACCACAUAGCAUGAAAACACCACAGUCUCUGCUGUGCCUCAUUCCUGAAGGAAAUACAAACUCAUUUAAAAAAUAAUAAUAAAAAUUCUAAUUUAAAAAUAAAUAAAAUUAAGACCAUACAAAGAGGUGACCCAAUACUGCACCACACGGUUACAAUAUCACCAAAUUGCCCAAAUAUUUAAUCAGGACAAAGCAAUAGGAUUUGAAAAAGAAGAAUCAAAAUUACAAACAGUAUUAUUACAAAACUCGAAAAAUAAUGCAUCCAAACUGUAUAAUUUAUUAUUAGAAUGGGAGUUAAAGGAUGAAGAAGUAAAAGAAGUUAUGACUAAAUGGGCAUGCGAUAUAGGUUACACAAUUCGGCUGGAUCAAUGGGAGAAAUUAUGGAGAUGUGAUUUUAAAUUUACGGCAUGUUACACAAUCAGAGAAAAUUUGAUGAAAAUGGUGCGCCAGUGGUACUUAACUCCAGGAAAUGCAAACUCUGGGUAAGCGCCUGGAACCAACUGGAAUCUCACACUGCUCAGAGAUUAAAAUAAUAAUAAUAAUAAUGUACCCCACCCAUCUGAUGAAAUCGGGGUGGCCUGCAACAAUAUUUGAAUCCCACCAUUUCUCCAUGGAAUAGACAUGUGGACUGUGCCCCCAGUUCCGAUGGUGGAUCCUAAGCCCAUUUAGCGCUGGAGGGGUGUCAAAACCAGUUGCCUUCUGUUCGGGCACAGAGAGCUCCAUCUUUCCCGCAGAGCUUGUGUUAGUUUCCUCCUGUCCGCCGGGUCCCAGUUAACAAGAUAAUUGGAUUCCGCAGAAGCUGCCACGUUCAUCCUCAGAGAGCGAAAGUGACUCUCCCUUCUCAGCUUCCCGGCUGCCGGGCUCCGAAUAUUUGGGGCCUGCCAGAGGUGUGGGCAGCCGAGGCCAGACGUGACUCAGCCAGGCGGGCAGGGAGGCGUUGCGCUCUCGAGAAAGCUGCUCUCGUCCCCGUGGAGACAUCCGUUUCCGAGAGCGACUGACUCAGACACUGGCAGCCUGGCACUCUGGAGCUGCGCUCGCAGCCGCCGGCGGGCAGCAAACCUCGUCUCUGCCUGCUGCCACAGAGGAACGGCUGCCCCGCCAAGCACCCUGCCCGGCUGACCUGGCUGUGAGGGGGUGGCAAAAGGGCAUUUGGCAUUUUGCUGCCUGGCACGGAUGACGCAGCCUGCCUCCUUCGUGAACCGGCGGCAGUGGCGGCUGCCCUGUCUCUUCCACUCCGGCGGGUGCCCACCUGUGGCUUGUUGCUGCUGGCGGAGAGGCAGAGAGAUGCGCUAGGAGGCCUUCUUUGGCUGGCGCCAAAAACGCAGGUGAGGAGCCGCGGCGGAACAGAUCUUUGUUGGAAGUCCCAGGAGAGAUGAAAUGAAGCACUUCUUGGCCCUGUUAAGCUAUGGGACUCCCUGCCACAGCAGGCAGGGACGGCCACCCGCUUUGAAACAGGAUCGGACCAAUUAGGACAGGGCUAUUGAGAGCUCCUAGCCAGGAUGACUCCACAGUUGGAAGCGGCAAUGCCCCUGAAUGCCAGGUGCUGGAAACCACAGGAGGAGGGGAGAGGGGUCUUGGGUUCAAGUCCUGCUUGCGGGUUUUCUUAUUGGGGCAUCUGUGAGAACAGGAUGCUGGCCUAGAUGGACCACACUAGCCUGAUCCAGCAGCCUCUUCUUAUGUUCUUAUUAGUAGAGGGGAAGUGGAUAGGGCUAGCUCCGUCGCUUCUGCUAUACCAGGAGUGGGAAGAGAAGGCCCAGGCCAUGACCUGCAAUGACUCUGUUUGUCAUGGUCUGGUUCAUGGGCGACUGAACCAUGAAUCAUGGGCUGGAGACGUAAGGACCGGAGGCAAGAUGGCGGGGUGGGAGCAGAACGGGAGUCCAGAAGCCAGGAGUCAGGAAGCCCAGAGUCCGAGGGUCAGAGAACCAGGAGUCAAGAAGCUGAGGGUCCGAGGGUCAGGAAGCAAGGAGUCACAAAGUCAGGGGUCCGAGGAUCAAGCAGUAAGGAGUCAAGGAGUCAAACGUAGCAAGGCAGGGAACGUGCUGCUGUGGCAACGAGCCAAAGGGAAGAUGCUGACCUUAUAUCCCUUCCUGGCUCUUGCCACCAGGUGCUGUGAGUUACCAAUCAGCCUCACCUGUGAGGCCGCGCCUUGCCUCUUCAGAACAAACUUAGGAAGGCCCCAGUCCUGCAAAGUCCUAUUGGUCACAGGGCCCGGCUCCAGCACGCACGCCUGACACUGUUCUUCCUCCACGGCUGGAGUAAUAGUAAUAAUAAAAUAAUAAUUUAUUAUUUAUACCCCCCCCCCCAUCUGGCUGGGUUUCCCCAGCAACUCUGGGCGGCUUCCAACAAAAUAUUAAAAUGCCAUAAUACAUUAAACAUUAAAAGCUUCCCUAAACAGGGCUGCCUUCAGAUGUCUUCUAAAAGUCUGGUAGUUGUUUAUCUCUUUGACAUCUGGUGGGAGGGUGUUCCACAGGGCGGGUGCCACUAUCGAGAAGGCCCUCUGCCUGGUUCCCUGUAAUCUCACUUCUUGCAGGGAGGGAACCGCCAGAAGGUCCUCGGUGCUGGACCUCAGAGUCCGGGCUGAACGACGGGGGUGGAGAUGCUCCUUCAGGUAUACUGGACUGAGGCCGUUUAGGGCUUUAAAGGUAGUGCCAACACUUUGAAUUGUGCUCAGAAAUGUACUGGGAGCCAAUGGAGGUCUCAAUAGAUUAGUUGCUGUUUCCGGGUCACCUUCAAAGGUAGCCCCACAUAGAGCGCAUUGCAGUAGUCCAAGCGGGAGAUAACGAGAGCAUGCACCACUCUGGCAAGACAGUCUGUGGGCAGGUAGGAUCUCACCCUGCGUACCAGAUGGAGCUAGUAAACAGCUGCCCUGGACACAGAAUUGACCUGUGCCUCCAUGGACAAAAAUUUAAAACAAACAAACAAUGAAGAUCCCAGGGCAGUUCACAAGAGAACCUCUCUAGCCACUGCACAACACUGCCUCUCAGUUUGCGGAAGACUGUGCUGUUGAAUAAAAGCAAUUAAAAGCAACAGCAGCCUUUUCCUCUCCCUGCCGGGUAGCCUAACCUUGCUGAAGAGUUUUAGGAUACAGGACGCAGGCUGGGAUAAGGCCCUUUCCAGAAGGAGGAACUCCAUGGGUUCAGCGCUUGCUCCCUCCCCACCCCACCAGCCCUUGGAUCUGGGUCUGGCUCUCAGCAUGCUGAAGGAUGGAGCGGGCUUUGCAGCCAUCCUCCCUCCUCUCUGCGUGAGGCGGUCCCCAUGGCAACGGCCAAUCAGGGAAACAGGAUGCAGCCAGCUCACAGCCAGGCAGGCUGAACUGAUGGGGUGGGGUGUGGGGAGCAGAAAGGAAAGCGGGAGGGAAGGAGGGGGGAAGGGCAGCCAGUCUUCCUCGCACAGGGCUGCAAGGAGGCAUUGCAAAGAGGGGCAGUGCGGCAUAGUGGCUAGCGAGCGCUGGACCAGGGCCUGGGAGGGACCAGGGUUCGAAUGCCCACACGGCAGCAAAGGUCACCGUGGGUGACCUUGGGAGCCAGUCAUUUCCUCUCUCAGCCUAGCCUACCUCACAGGGUUAUUGUCAAGAUGGAAUGGAUGUGGAGGAGAACCAUCUCAAGCUCUUUGGAGGAACAGGCGGGGUUAUAAAUGUGAUAAAUAAAUAAAUUGCUGUGCCCGGAUGCUUCUCGGAGGUGCAGGAAAACCUUCUGCACUUUCUGUCUGAAGGAUCUGAGAAAAUUUCUCUGAUCCAAGGUGUUGGUUUUGUUCCUGGUUUGUGUAUGUGAUGGUGCAGGAACAGCAAUCUUCUGGCACUCCCAUUUGUAUGCAAACACACCCCUUGUUUGCAGGGGGUCCCAUGCCCCUCCCAAUAAUAAUAAUAAUAAUAAUAAUAAUAAUUUAUUUCUACCACACCCAACUGGCUGGGUUUCCCCAGCCACUCUGGGCAGCUCUCAACAGAAUAUUAAAACCACAAUAAAACAUCAAACACUAAAAACUUCCCUGAACAGGGCGGCCUUCAGAUGUCUUCUAAAAGUCAGGGAGUUGUUUAUUUCCUUGACAUCUGAUGGGAGGGCGUUCCACAGGGCGGGUGCCACUACCGAGAAGGCCCUCUGUCUGGUUCCCUGUAACUUGGCUUCUCGCAGCGAGGGAACCACCAGAAAGCCCUCGGAGCUGGACCUCAGUGUCCAGGCAGAACGAUGGGGGUGGAGACGCUCCUUCAGGUAUACCAGGCCAAGGGAGCAUUUAGGGCUUUAAAGGCCAGCACCAACACUUUGAAUUGUGCUCAGAAACGUCCUGGAGGCCUCUCCCCCUCUUCUCAAUCUGGCCCCCUCCCAAAGCUGCUUCUCUUUGCAAAAUGGUCCCCUCCCAAAACUGCUUUUACGGAUGUGACUGCUCUGUUACGUUCAUUUAUUGAUUGAUUUCUACUAUCUACAGUGGUACCUCUGGUUCAGAACUUAAUUCGUUCCGGAGGUCCGUUCUUAAUCUGAAACUGUUCUUAACCUGAAGCACCACUUUAGCUAAUGGGGCCUCCCACAGCCGCCGCCACGCGAUUUCUGUUCUCAUCCUGAAGCAAAGAUCUUAACCCGAGGUACGAUUUCUGGGUUAGCGGAGUCUGUAACCUGAAGCAUCUGUAACCUGAGGUACCACUGUAUUUAUUAAAUUUAUACCCCGCCCUUCCUCCCAUUCAUCUAAACAAUACCUUUAAAAGAAAGCAAAAAAACCCUAAAAACAAUUUGUUUGUAAUGUGUAGUUUGCCCCUGGCCACAAAGCUCAUGGUGGGGGAGACCGUAGGUGCAUGUUUCAGCCAGUCACGUAGCUCUUAGACAAUCCUACCUCACAAGGUUGUGGUGAGAACACACCAAAAAAACCCCAGCGAGGCCAGCCCUGCAUGGUCCUCCUAGAUCAGGGGUCUGAAACCUUUAAGACAAAAAGCCACUUGGACCGAAGGAAAAAAAACUGGGAGCCACAAAACCAUUGCGACAUUUAAAACAGUGGGGAGUGUCGGGGCACACAAUGCGCCUCCUCCCCUCGCUAGUAUCCGCCCUGGAGCCGCGGCAAAGGUGUAAAAGAGCCACAUGCGGCCGCGGAGCCGCGGGUUGCUGACCCCUGUCCUAGAUGGAGGAAGAGAUGGACAUGAAUGCAAUACAGUGGUACCUUGGUUCUCAAACUUAAUCCAUUCCAGAAAUCUGUUCCAAAACCAAAGCGUUCCAAAACCAAGGCAAGCUUUCCUUGGUUAUGCAAAACGGAUUAAUCCGUUCCAGACUUUAAAAAACAACCCCUAAAACAGCAAUUUAACAUGAAUUUUACUAUCUAAUGAGACCAUUGAUCCAUAAAACGAAAGCAAUAAUCAAUGUGCUGCACUAUAAAAUAAUUAAGAUGUAGAUGAUAAAAAGUAAAAAUAAUUUUUUUUCUUACCUGCACUGAUGAUAGUCGUUGUUUGGAUGGUGGGCUUUUAUCCAUUUCCACAGUCACACAAUCAAUCAAUCAAUCAAUCAGUAGCUGAACUGGGUUCCACACAGUCACAAAAACAAAUUAACCGAAGAAGCCUCAAAAACAAAAACGCAAAAUGAAUAGCAAAAACAAAAGUGCCAAACUUAAUCCGUUCCGGAAGUCCGUUUGACUUGAGAAAUGUUUGAAAACCAAGGCGCAGCUUCUGAUUGGUGCAGGCGCCUCGGAAGCAAUAGCUGACAGCCACAUCGGACAUUCGACUUCCGAAAAACAUUCCAAAACCGGAACACUUACUUCUGGGGUUUCGGCGUUUGGGAACCAAGGCGUUGGAGAACCAAGGUACCACUGUAUAGAAACAGAGCAGUCCCUCCAUCUUUCCAGAACCAACAGCAUCCUGCCAAACUCGAAAGGGGCUCACGAUCAGCUUACAGAUGGGAUGGGGGGUCUCCCCUCAGGGCACCCAAAAAUGUCCCCAGUCUGCCCCUGUCAGUUGCUGAAGCCAACAAGUCAUUUUGGAGAAGUGCCCAGCUGUUAUCACAAGUGCCCUUAAUGGAGAAGGAUCCGUUAAUAAACGCCAAGAGGACCCUCUUCUCCUGGAGCUAUUCUGGGUGAGAUUCCAGGGAUGCAUGACGGCAAUUGUUUCAGGAAACCAGCAUAUUUUAAGCCGAGGUUAGAUGCCUAUCUGUCAUGGAUGCUUUAGCUGAGAUUCUGCAGGGCGUUGGACCAGAUGACCCAAUUCUAGGGUUCCAUGAUUCAAUGCUGAGUUCACAUUCAAACUAAGCUAUCAUUACAGUGAAAGGUGGACUAUAAAGAAGGCUGAUCGCCGAAGAAUGGAUGCUUUUGAAUUAUGGUGCUGGAGGAGACUCUUGAGAGUCCCAUGGACUGCAAGAAGAUCCAACCUCUCCAUUCUGAAGGAAAUCAGCCCUGAGUGCUCACUGGAAGGACAGAUCCUGAAGCUGAGGCUCCAAGACUUUGGCCACCUCAUGAGAAGAGAAGACUCCCUGGAAAAGACCCUGAUGUUGGGAAAGAUGGAGGGCACAAGGAGAAGGGGACGACAGAGGACAAGAUGGUUGGACAGUGUUCUCGAAGCUACCAACAUGAGUUUAAGCCAACCUGCGGGAGGCAGUGGAAGACAGGAGUGCCUGGCAUGCUCUGGUCCAGGGGGUCACAAAGAGUCGGACACGACUAAACGACUAAACAACAACAACAACAUCAUUACAGUACAGUGGAUGCUCGAGUUGCAAACGUUUGCAACCCGCAGUGUUCGCAACCUGCAGCACCACAUGUGCACACGCGCAAGUUGCGAUUCAGCACUUCUGUGCAUGCGCAAAGCGCAAUUUAGCACUUCUGUGCAUGCGCGACCGCUGAAACCCAGAAGUAACCCGUUCCGGUACUUCCGGGUUUCAGUGAGUCCGUAACCCAAAAAAACGCAACCUGAAGCAUCUGUAACCCGUUGUAUGACUGUACUCUCCUUACACCAAUAUGACUUGCUUUCCAAGUAGUCCUAAAGGUGAAUUUGCUUCUCCAAAGGAGAGCUUGGCUGCUGGAUCAGGCCAGUGGCCCAUCUAGGUCACAGCAUCUGGGGCUAGUGGACCGCAAGCUGAACAAGAGCCAACAGGGUGAUGCAGCGGCAAAAAAGGCUAAUGUUAUUCUCGGCUGCAUCAACAGAAGUCUAGUUCCCAGGUCAAGGAAAGCAAUGUUGUUUAGUCGCUUAGUCGUGCCCGACUCUUCGUGACCCCCUGGACCAGAGCAUGCCAGGCACUCCUGUCUUCCACUGCCUCCCGCAGGUUGGCUUAAACUCAUGCUGGUAGCUUCGAGAACACUGUCCAACCAUCUUGUCCUCUGUCAUCCCCUUCUCCUUGUGCCCUCCAUCUUUCCCAACAUCAGGGUCUUUUCCAGGGCGUCUUCUCUUCUCCUGAGGUGGCCAAAGUCUUGGAGCCUCAGCUUCACGAUCUGUCCUUCCAGUGAGCACUCAGGGCUGAUUUCCUUCAGAAUGGCUAGGCUGGAUCUUCUUGCAGUCCAUGGUACUCUCAAGAGUCUCCUCCAGCACCAGAAUUCAAAAAGGGAAGCAAUAGUAUCACUCUAUUCUGCCUUGGUCAGACCACAUGUGGAGUCCUGUGUCCAGCCUGAGGUUUGAAAAACAAUCAAUAACCCUCUUUAAGAGAGCGAGGAAAAUCCUCCAACGAGCCCCAUGAAGAUUCAGCAUGUCCAAUGGGCACAGGAUCCUAGCUGGGUGCUGCUGGUAAUGUUAGUGGAGACAGAAAACUGGGAAGAAGUGGGGAUGGAAUGGAGCAACCUGGGAGAGGUCAUGGCUGGCUGGUUGAGCAGGGAGCACUCCAGGCUGCAAAAUUUAGUUGCAGGUCCCAUCUGUAUAACACAUUCUGUACCUGGUGGUGGAAGAAUCCCAUGACCUGCAGACCCGUCCCAAUAUUCAGUGCGGUACCCCAUUUCCUCUUGAAGUCCUUCCUGUCCGUCUGGUUUCGACGGAACAGCCGGCCGGCCUCUUGGAACCGAGCGAGCCUGACGCGUUUGCUGUGCCCCACUCAGGUCCAAUGCCCACAUCCUGCCAACAUUCAUGCGGCUGCAGCCGGGGCCCAGGCAUGGAGCGGGGGAAAUGGUACGGGGUUCGUUCCUACCUGCACCUCUUCUAUGAGGACUGCACCGGAGCGAAUCUGGACGACGAACUGGAUUUGCCCCCAAAAUCUCCAGCCAGCAGCGGCUGGUCCUCCGUCCUCUGGAAGGUAAGGACUGCAACAAGUACGUACCUGCCUUUUCUUGUUGCUUUCAGGCCUUUCAGACUAAGCGCCUCUGAGCAUGCGAAGAGUUCUUCCUUCUCCCCACCGCCAGCGUUUAUUAAAGCAGCUUAAGAAAAACGGCCCCUUGAGCAUGUGCAGAGUUUAUUUGUUAGGGAUAUAGGAAGCUGCCUUAAAUCGAGCCAGACUGCUGGUCAAUCUAGCUCAGGAAUGCCUACUCUGGCAGGCAGCAACCAUCUAGAGCUUCCAGCCCAGGAGAUUCCCUACCUGGGGAUGCUGCCAGUGGGGUGGACCAGGGACCUUCUGCAUGCAAAUGGGAGGGGGAGUGUGGGGGCAAACCCAGGGCACCUGUGCAAGGGAACAGGCAGCCAGCGAGUAUUAUAGGAAGGGAGCAGCGAUUGCUAAGGCCAGGCCAGGCAGAUGCCCCGUCUCCACUGGCAGCAACCUCAGGUCAACGAGGACCAGGCAGCUUCUGGGAUGACUCUGGCGCCACCUGCAGACAUGUGCUGGAGCAUCCUGGCGCUCCCAGAAGGAGCAUGGGGUUCUGGAGGUCACGUCCUGCCACUCACUACAAGCUUCAAGCUCCAGGGUUUGCACCUCCUGGUGCCACCUUGGCUGGGUUCACCCCUGGGCGAUUCGAGAGCUCCACCCAGCUGCUGCGCCCACUGGCUAGGAAUCCUCUGCCACGCCGCACUGCUGCCCCAAGUCUGGGAUUUGUGGUCCCUUCCUUGAAUUGCAGGGAUGGUCUUCGGGGUGCAGACUUCAAUCUUUAAAAAGCUUAGGAAGGGGGCUAAUGCAGCCUUGCCAACUGUGCGCCCCCUCAAAUGCACUGGUUGGGGCUGAUGGGAGCUUCAGUCCAAAAUACCUGGGGAGAGCCAGGUUGGCAAAGGCUGAGCCACAACCAGCCCGAAAGCAUUUUUUCCAUUAAUCUCAGGUGUGCACUGGGUGAUCCUGGUAUUGAAGUGUGUGGAGAAAGCACUUUGCAUGCACUCAGAGGCACUUCUGGCAUGCUCAGAGGCCAGUUCUAGGCAUGUUAGGGUAUUUUGUUUUGACUUUCCUUGUGUUUUUGAGGAGGAGGAGGCGGUGGCGAAUAAUAAUAAUAAUAAUAAUAACAAAAUACCUCUUGCUAGAGGGAUGCAGGUGGAGUUGUGGGUUAAACCACAGAGCCUAGGGCUUGCCAAUCAGAAGGUCGGCGGUUCGAAUCCCCAUGAUGGGGUGAGCUCCCAUUGCUCGGUGCCUGCUCCUGCCAACCUAGCAGUUCGAAAGCACGUCAAAGUGCAAAUAGAUAAAUAGGUACCGCUCCGGCAGGAAGGUAAACGGCGUUUCCGUGUGCUGCUCUGGUUCGCCAGAAACGGCUUAGUCCUGCUGGCCACAUGACCCGGAAGCUGUACGCCAGCUCCCUUGGCCAAUAAAGUGAGAUGAGCGCCGCAACCCCAGAGUCAGCCACAACUGGACCUAAUGGUUAGGGGUCCCUUUACCUUUUACCUCUUGCUAAUCUGGACUGUAACCCUAUUUAAAUGGAUCUCUUCCCCGAAAGUUAGCAUGCACAGGAUCGUUGUUUUAUGGGGAAAUCUCCAAAGGUUGCUUCCCUUCUUACCGUCUCCGCGGCGUCAUGCCAAGUGCUGUUGACUUAAUUGAACCACAUUGCAGUGCACUGAAGGGCACAGCCAUCUGCCUCGAUUUGCCCAGACGCAAGAACGCACAGCCAAAACUUCUCGUUCCACAACGAAAACCGCUCUGUGUGUGUACACAGUGAUAAUAAUAUAAUAAUAAUAAUUUAUUAUUUAUACCCCGCCCAUCUGGCUGGGUUUCCCCAGCCACUCUGGGCGGCUCUCAACAGAACACUGAAAUAAAAUAACCAAUAAACAUUAAAAGCUUCCCUAAACAGGGCUGCCUUCAGAUGUCUUCUAAAAGUCUGGUAGUUGUUUAUCUCUUUGACAUCUGGUGGGAGGGUGUUCCACAGGGCGGGUGCCACCACCGAGAAGGCCCUCUGUCUGGUUCCCUGUAACCUUACUUCUCACAAUGAGGGAACCGCCAGAAGGCCCUCGGAGAUGGACCUCAAUGUCUGGGCAGAAUGAUGGGGGUGGAGAUGCUCCUUCAGGUCUACUGGGCCGAGGCCGUUUAGGGCUUUCAAGGUCAGCACCAACACUUUGAAUUGUGCUCGGAAACGUACUGGGAGCCAAUGCAGGUCUUUCAAGACCGGUGUUAUAUGGUCUUGGCAGCCGCUCCCAGUCACCAGUCUAGCUGCCGCAUUCUCAUCCUGUUCUUUUCCACUCCCAGGUGACCCUCUCGGCUGGGACCCUGCUGCUGCUCAUUGGCGCCUCGGCUUUGGCCACGGGGUACCUCCUGCCCCCCAAGUUGGAAGGGAUCGGCGAGGGAGAGUUCGUGGUGCUCGACCAGCAGGCGGUGGAAUACAACCACGCCUUGGGGAUCUGCCAGGCCGUGGGCGCGGUUCUAUGCGCCCUGGCCGGCGCCCUGCUGACCGCCUGCCUUCUGUCCUCAGGGCUGCGCAAUUUGAACGGAGGCGGCAAGUGGGGGCAGGAUGGCGAAGACCAGGAGGAGCAGCUGUCCCCCAUCUUGCGGGAGGGCUCCCCUGGGCAGCAACGGGGCGCCAUUGUCACAGCAGCUCCUGUGCCCUUCAGAGACCACUGGGUGCAGAGUAUUCAGCCUAAGAGAGAGCCGUAA